CUCAGCCGGCGCCGGCGCGCGCUCCGCAGCUCUGGCCGAGCUGGGAAUUGAACCUAGAACCUCACUAGGCAGAUCUCAGUGUCCUCGGAGAGACAAUGCCCAGGAUUUCUCAGUUAACCCCACACAGGAGAGGAUGCUGUCAUGUUCCUUCCAGAACUCUUUAAGAGUUAAAUCUGUAUCUGAGACCAUCUGGAACCACAAGCAACGGACAUUUGGUUCCUAACUCAAGACUUUGUUCCCCCUGCAGGUGCCAUGACCCAGCAGCCCCGAGAGGGCUUCGACAGGAGCGUGCAGGAGACCCGAGCAUGGAUGCAGGCGGUGCAGGAGCAGCUGCAGGUCAAUGACAACACCCAGGGGCCCCUGGCGGCCCUGGAGGCCAGACUGCAGGAGACUGAGAAGAUCUGCCGGCUGGAGCCCGAGGGGCAGCUGAAGGUAGACCUGGUGCUUCAAGCAGCAGAGACCCUCCUGGCAUGCUGCCUGGAGGACCAGCGGCCUGAGAUCCUGGCCCGGCUAAGGGAACUCAAGGACCAGUGGGAGGAGACGGUCACCUACAUGACUCACUGUCACAGCCGCAUCGAGUGGGUCUGGCUGCACUGGAGGGAGUACCUGCUGGCCCGGGACGAGUUCUACUGCUGGUUUCAGAAGAUGGUGGUCAUGCUGGAGCCCCCGGCCGAGCUGCAGCUGGGCCUGAAGGAGAAGCAGUGGCAGCUGAGCGAUGCCCAGGUGCUGCUGCACAAUGUGGAGAACCAGGCUGAGCUCUUGGACAGGCUGCUGGAGGAGGCGGCCUCCCUGUUCAAUAGGAUCGGGGACCCCAGCGUGGAUGAAGAGGCACAGAGGAGGAUGAAGACUGAGUUCGACACAGUGAAGGCCAAAGCCCAGAACCGGGUGGACCUGCUGGCGAGGGUGGCCCAGGAGCAUGAGGAGUACCAGGUAGGCGUGGAUGAGUUCCAGCUGUGGCUGAGGGCACUGGUGGAGAAGGUGCAGAACUGCGUGGGCAGCCGCUGCCAUCUGUCCGCCGAGCUCCACCUCUCUGAGCUGCAGGACAUCACCAAGGAUUUCUCCCAGGGUGAGGAGUCUUUGAGGAGGCUGGAGGCACAGUCUGCCUGCAUCAUACAGAACACCUCUCCCUUGGGUGCCGAGAAAAUCACCAGGGACCUGGAGGAGAUGCGGAAGGUCCUGCAGAAGCGGCGGGUCCUCUGGGAGGCGGAGAAGGCACAGCUGCAGGACCUGCUCUCAUCCAAGGGUGCCGGUGAGCAGCGGAUCCAGUGGCUGGAGGCCGAGCUCGGAGAGUUCCGGAAGGGCCUCCAGAGGCUGGCCCAGGGCGGGCUGGAGCCCUCAGCAACGGUGAUGACAGUGGGGACUGAAGAUGAGCUGGUGGCCCGCUGGAGGCUCUACUCGGUGUCGAGGGCAACACUGGCCUCGGAGGAGCCGCGGGUGGACCAGCUGCAGGCCCAGCUGAAGGAGCUUGUUGCCCUCCCUAACCUGCAGCCGCUGUGUGACAGUGUGGUGGCCGCCAUCCAGGAAUUCAAGAGCAUGAAGGGGAAGAGCACCAGGCUGUGCAAUGCCACCAGGGUGGCCCUGUGGCAAUGCUUCCAGCGACCCCUCCAUGAUCUGCAGCUGUGGCGGGCCCUGGCCCAGCGGCUCCUGGAUGUCACCAUCAGCCUGCCAGACCUGCCCUCCAUCCACACCUUCCUGCCCCAGAUCAAGGCGGCCCUGGUGGAGAGCUCCCGCCUGAAGGAGCAGCUGGGGUCUCUGCCGCUGAAGAGGGAUCUGCUGGGCAGCGUCUUCGGCCAGGAGAGAGCCUCGGGCCUCCUGGAGCAGGCGGAGAGCUGCCUGCGGGACAGAGACCUGCUGCACAGCGGCCUGCUGCGGAGGAAGAGCAAACUGCAGAGUUCGCUUGCUCAGCACAAAGACUUUGGGGCUGCUUUCGAGCCCCUGCAGAAGAAGCUGCUGGACCUCCGGGCCAGGGUCCAAGCUGAGAAAGGGCUUCAGCCGGACCUUCCGGGGAAAAAGGCCCAGCUCCUGCGGCUGCAGGGCCUGCAGGAGGAGGGACUGGAGCUGGAGAUGCAGAUAGAGGCCAUGAGGCCUCUUGUCCGGGGGGAUUCCAGCCACCAGCACAAAAUGGAUCAGCUCUCCUCUGACUACCGGACCCUGCACAGGUCCCUGAAGGACCGCAUGGACAGGUGUCGGCAGAGUGUGCAGGAGCAUUGCACCUUCAGCUGCCGGCUGCUAGAGCUGCAGCAGUGGGUCACCAUGGCCACACGGACGCUGGAGUCGCACCGAGGGGAUGUGGGCCUGUGGAAUGCCAAGUCCCAAGAGGCUUCGGUCGAGACACUGGCAGCUGAGCUCCCCAAGAAGGAGGCCUGCCUGGCCCUGGUGGAGGCGCACGGCCGGCUGGUGAUGGAGAAGUCUUCUCCGGAGGGCGUGGCCAUGGUCCAGGAGGAGCUGAAGGAGCUGGCGGAGUCCUGGCAGGCCCUGCAGCAGCUGGAGGAGAACAUGCUGAGCCUCAUCAGAAACCGGCAGCUGCAGAGCACAGAGGUGGACUCAGGGAGGAAGCUGGUUUUCACCAACAACAUCCCAAAGUCGGGGUUCCUCAUCAACCCCCUGGAUCCUAUCCCCAGGCGCCGGCGGCACGGGGCACAUCUGCUGGAGGAAGGUGAAGGCAGCCAUGAAGAUUUCUCCCAGCUCCAGAGGAACUUUGAACAGUGGCUGCAGGUGGAGAAUUCCAAGCUGGUUAGAAUCAUUGCGAUGAGAGCCACCUCGGCCAAGGACAGGAGGACCAGAGAGGCAAAGCUGCAGGAGCUGCAGGCGCGAAUCCCAGAAGGGCAGCACCUCUUGGAGAACCUCCUUCAUCUUGGGCCCUCGAGGCCGGUCUCAGAGGAGCUGGAAGACCUGCGCUACUGCUGGAUGCUGUACAAAUCCCAGCUCAAGGAUGCUGGCCACCUGCUGCCACGGAGUUCUGCAGGGGAGCUGAGCGGAUCUCAGAAGGUGCGGCGGGCGCAUGGUCCGUGCUCCCUGCUCCGGAAGGCGUGCUGUCUGGUGCUCUGGUUGCUGCUGUUGCUCCUGCUGUUUCUGCUGCUGCUCUUCCUGCUGCCGGCUGGAGAGGAGGCCCUCAGCUGCACCCAGGCCAACAACUUCGCCAGCUCCUUCCUGCUCAUGCUCCACUACAAUGGCCCCCCACCCACCUAGCCUGCUGCGGGUGCCCAGUGACCUUCUCUUCCGACCUCCAGCAGUGCCAGGGCUUCUCCGGGGUCUCCACCUGGACAAAGGAGAUGUGGACCACAGGCUGCAGAGGUGCCUUGGUGUAGACCCUGCGGCAGGGUCCCCAGGAUAACUUUUCUUUUUAUACAACAUUGUCUUCAUCUAUUUAUACCAUGUGCAGCUAGGGGAACAUGUACAGAAUUUUUAUAUCCUCACUAUGUAAAGGCUCAGUAUGUGUAAUUCCGUAUAUGACGUCUGUUUGUAGCUGGGGACAUUCCUAGCAGCUUCUCCUGUGGGAUUUUGUAGCUUCCGUGCCUUGGCCUGCAGUCAGCCCCUGAAAGCAGGAACAAUGCGUGUCACUUGGUGGCAGACUUUUGCCCAGAAGACAGCUCCUAACCCAGAUGUUAAUGAAAGGGCCUUGGAGCUAUCUGCUCAGAGGAGCUGAACAGCCCCUCACUUUAUGCACAAUGAGAUGGUUUUUAAACCACAAAGAUUUGGUGUCUGGAUUAGAAGUAGGAAUGGGUACAACUGGAGGCAGGCACAGGGACAGCAGGGAGACGGAGUGAUACCAGGGCAGGAGCCCCACCCACUGACACAGGGCCUGCAGGAAGUGGUUAGAUGCUGGCUGCAGGGGAGGAAGCAAAGGAGGGAGACUAGGUUUUUCAUCUUCAUGCAGAAGGGGGAGCGGGAGCCCCUGGGAGUCCAGGGAGCCUGGUCACCUUUGAACUGCAUGAAGCUCGUGUCGUCUAGAAGGUGGGCUGAAGGGACAGGGGAAGCGCCUGCCAUACAGAGGCCAGGGUGCAAGGGCCCGAGACGGAGAGGGGGAGGCUUGGCCUGCCUAAGGGGCCCUCCUUCCUCUUCUCGGAAGGGACUUAGGAAUCAGGCAGGUCUCUUGGGCCAAGAAUGUCCACCCGAAUCCCCACAUGGACCCAAGGCCCAGGCCACCCCGUCUGGCUUCAGCCAGGUCUGGGCAAGGUGGGAAGGGGACAGGGUGACUCCAUGUUGGGCCUGGAGGCUGGAAACCUGGUUCCUCCUUGCCAUAGAACUCUGGGGUGUUUCCUACGUGCUUUAAAAUGGGACCAGAGCCAGGCAUGGUCGCACAAACCUGUAAUCCCAGCAUCCUGGAAGGCUGAGGGAGGAGGAUUGCAAGUUGGAGCCCAGUAGACAAUUUAGCAGCUUAGCAAGACCUUGUCUCAAAAUAAAAAUUAAAAAGGAAAAAAGGGCUGGAAGUAUAGCUCAGUGCAAAAGCCAUGGGUUCAAUCUCCAGAACUACCCCCCGCCCCCAAUCACUGGGUCAGGUCUUCCCUAAAUUGACACUAAAUGUUCUCUUUAGAAAAUACUUAGUACCCACUCUGUAGAUGGAUUUACUUAUUCAGCUAUUCAUAGGCACCUGGGAGGGGUUUCCUCAGAUCUUAUAUCAGGUUUGGAAUCAGAAAAUGUUUCAGAUGCAAACAGGCACUUUAAGUAGAGGGGAAACUGAGACAGGAGGGAUCCCCACCCCAGACCCUGCUCUCUAAGACAGGGAGACCCCAUGUCAGGCUGUCCCCAGGGCUCCUGUCGCCAGGGACUGGGGGAGCUGGGCCUGGCAGGAAGGCGAACCCGGGAGAGCUCCCUUUUCCCCCGGUUUGGACCCCAGCCCCAGUCCUUCUCCACAGGCUGUGGGGUUCCCAGAAACUCAGGGCAGGGAACCAGGUUACCCAGACUAGGGCCAGGCAGGUGAGUCUGGGGACUCCCCUGUUGGGUGGCCCAGCCUGAGCUCAGAGCCAUGGCAGAGGGAUGCAUCCCACUCCAUUUCCCAGUCAAGGAGGGGAAGAGACUCAUCCUGGCCCACAGGGCAAGGGGCUCACUCCUGCAGCUUCCUGAGGAAGAAGCUAUGCGGGGUGUGGCGUAGCAGCAGAGCACUCGCCUUCGUGUGUGAGGCUCUGGGUUCCAUCCCCAGCACUGCAAAAGAAAGAAAAAAGAAAAAAAGCCAGGUACCGAGGUGCACACCUGUAAUCCCAGCACUCUGGGAGGCUGAGGUGGGAGCAUCACAAAUCUGAUGGGCAACUUAGUGACUUAGUGAGAGCUCUCACAAUAAAAAGGGGCUGGGGGUGUAGCUCAAGGCAAAGGUCCUGGGUUCAGUCCUCAGUACCACAGAAAAGGGAAAAGAAAGAUAAGAAAAAGCCAUGUCUGGGCUGUAUCGUGCACGCUACACGUCAGGCGGGAGACUGCAGAUGUGUGUUGCUGGGUGGAAAUGUCUCUGUAUUUUUAACCUUUGAUAAUGAUGCCAUAAAGUCUGUAUUUGCAUAACUUUCAUACGAAUACAGUUGUAAUAUGA